GACCCGUCGGGUAGCAGACCUCUAGUUCAUGGCUAAACAUGGCAAAUCGACCAGUGCAAAAGGAGACCAGCAGCCAACCACACUUCCUACAGUUCAACAACCUCGCAUGCGAAACAGCUGGAGGAAAGGUGAUUUUUGCUACAGAUGAGUGGUUUGCCCCUGCUCGAAAUCUUUUAAAGAGAGACCCUCCAGAAUUCAUAGCCUCAGCAUUUACCGAUUAUGGGAAAUGGAUGGAUGGCUGGGAAACCAGGAGGAAAAGAAUUCCAGGUCACGACUGGUGCAUCAUUCAGUUAGGAGUUCCAGGAAUUAUUAAUGGCUUAGAUGUGGACACAUCCUUCUUCACGGGGAACUAUGCACCAUUCACCUCCAUUCAAGCUGCGUGUCUUGAUCAGAUGCCAUCAUUCACUCUUGAAGGAGAUCGUACAGGCAUGGCAGCUUCCCCGAGCCAGUUUGAAGCUGUGGCACAGCUUAACACAGACAGCUGGGAGGAGCUUGUCCCGAUGAUAAAGCUGAACCCGGGGUACUCUGAAUCAUGCCACAACUACCUGAAUGUCACAUACCCACACAGAGUUACCCAUAUCCGCCUCAACAUAUAUCCAGAUGGUGGCAUUGCAAGGCUGAAAGUUUAUGGCAUUGGGAAGAAGGACUGGUCCACUGUGUCUAGUCAAGACCUAGUGGAUCUUGUUGCCCUUGUCAAUGGAGGUGUAUGUGUAGGCUACAGCAAUGCCCACUUCGGUCACCCACGCAAUAUUAUUGGUCUAGGUAGGGCUGACAACAUGGGUGAUGGGUGGGAGACAGCCAGACGCCUGGAUCGGCCCAAAGUUUUAAAAGUGGAUGAGAAAGGCAUAUUACAGGUGCCAGGCUGUGAGUGGGCUGUUCUCAGACUAGGACAUCCUGGCAUCAUAAGCAAAAUUGAGGUAGACACCAACCAUUUUAAAGGAAAUUUCCCAGACUCCUGCAAGAUUGAGGCCUGCAGUUUGACCCCAGAUGAGGAGAACAACUUAAUUCGUAACCAGUGGCGCUCUGACAAAACCCCCAAGUGGAGAAUUCUCCUUUCUCCUCAAAAACUGAAGGCACAUCACAGGCAUUUGUUUUCUGGAGAGUCUGUGGUGCAGUGUGGGCCUGUGACUCAUGUGCGUCUGGUCAUAGCUCCCGACGGAGGGGUCAGCAGACUUAGACUCGGGGGUCGACCGGUGUCAGACAACUUGACUCAUCCUCAGCAAAUCUCCAAACUGUAAUGCCAUCAUGUAUUUUCAUUGCACAAUUACAGAAGAAUGAAGGUCGUCCGUUGUGAUGUCAAAUAUUAACACCAUAACGUUAAUAACAACACUGAGGACUGAGAACAUCAUAUAUACAAUACUAUACAUUCACCAAAUAGCCUUUGCUAUGGUACAGUAUACAAUGGAAUUAUUGUCAAGGCUAAUGUUUCACAAAACACCAAUA